AUGGGGGUACAUAUCUCCGACGUGAGACAAGUUAUUCACAUUGGACCUCCUCGUACUCUUGAGGCAUAUUACCAAGAGAUCGGACGCGCAGGUAGAGACGGUGAACCAGCUCGCGCUACUUUAUAUUACAACGGACACGACAUUGCAUCAAAUAAACCAGGAAUGACUGAUGAAAUGCGUGAUUUCUGUCAUGAGGAAACCGUCUGUUUGCGUGAUAUUAUAUUGAAGCACUUGGGGUCUCCAAUGAUGACAACGUUUUCAUGUGUAGAACAUUGUUGUUGCACUAAUUGUUCUAAAAAGUGCCAAUGCACCUCAUGUAAGAGCACUCAGCCGAAAAUUGCAAUGCAAGAGCAAGCAGUGCCGCAGUUGGAGGCGAGAAAAGCUCAACGACAACUUUCAAAGGGGCAACGUGACACCAUAAACUUGGUGAUGAGAGAAUAUAGGAUGAAGUUAGCACAAGUUGGAUACUGCAUUAAUGGGAUUGAUGCCAGCACUGGAGUAACCUUGGAACUCAUUGAUGCAAUUGUGGAAAAUUGUAAGUUUCUCACAUCAUCAUCAGAUCUAUUUAGUUCGUAUGAAAUAUGGGAUAUCAAACACGCAGAAGAUUUAUUUGCAAUAAUAGUUAAUAUUUGUGGGCAAUAA